CAUCAGCUCUAAAACCUUGUGGAUAAAACUCCCCGUCGCCAUUUUAACAGGCUCACAGAAAGAAGGUUAUCCGAUUGCUUUGACUCAUUUAUAUAUACACCCUGUUGUAUUUGGUUGGUUAGUUAAAACGAAGGUCUUCCCUGCAGUCUUUUUGUGGUAGCUACAUUUGUACCACGUUUAAACGAGUUGUGUGUAGUACUUUCUUAACAUUCGAUUGCUAGUUCUUUCAGAAAAAUAGCAUUCGCAAUGCCGAGCCACCCGCUGCGCGUGGCGGUGGUGUGCUCGAGCAACCAGAACCGCAGCAUGGAAGCGCACAACAUCCUCAGCAAGCGUGGCUUUGACGUGCGCUCUUUUGGGACAGGGUCCCAUGUGAAGCUACCUGGUCCAGCACCGGACAAGCCCAAUGUGUAUGACUUCAAAACGACUUAUGAACAGAUGUACAACGACCUGGUCCGCAAGGACAAGGAGCUAUACACACAGAAUGGAAUCCUGCACAUGUUGGACCGCAACAAGCGGAUUAAGUCCCGACCGGAACGCUUCCAGAGCUGUAAGGACCAGUUUGACCUGGUCAUCACCUGUGAGGAGAGGGUCUACGACCAAGUGCUGGAGGACCUGAGCUCUCGGGAGCAGGAGACCUUCACGCCGGUUCACGUCAUCAACGUGGACAUCCAGGACAACCACGAGGAGGCCACACUGGGGGCUUUCCUCAUCUGUGAGCUGUGUCAGUGUAUCCAGCACACCGAUGACAUGGAAAACGAGAUGGACGAGCUGCUGCAAGAGUUUGAGGACAAGAGCAACAGGCCUUUCCUCCACACAGUCUGCUUCUACUGAUGCACCUGCUACCAAAUCUGCAAUAUCAUACGCCCCCUGACCAAACAUGCACGUUUAUACACAGGCUCAUGUGCACUUCCGUAUGAACUUCCUGAUUUACUUUUCACACAGACCUACACAAUGCUCAAUCUCUGCUGUUGGUCAGGGCCGAGGGUGAAGGGAUGGUUGCUUUCUGCUUUCUCAAUUAAGUGGACAGGCUCAUCCCUCCCUCCUGCUCUGCCUUUCCUCCUUGGGGCCAAGGUGGGUCCAAAGUCCUCCCCCCAUUCUAUAGUGAAACCACUGACCCGCCUCCCCACAAAGAGAAAUGCCUCUUUUGUCAAAAUCCUCUACCUCCAAAGGAGGAUUUUUUUGUUGUUCAAGUGUUGCACAGUGAUGUGGAUUGCAAAGCAACAUUGAUUUGAGUUCCUUUUAAAGAAUGAAUAUAUUUUUUAUUUUAAGUAUACUUUGUCACAUUUACUCUUUAUUGUGGAGAGUAGUAGUGUUUACGGGAUAGAGUGGAGACGGGUUAGGUAUGAAUGUGUGACUGUAUCUGAGUGUGAACCAGUAGUUAAUUAGGAAUUAAUCUAAAUAGGGGGCUAUAUAAUGAACAACCAAAUAGAGACUUCAAGGUUCUCAUUUUGCCCUCUUAAUUUACGUUCUGUAUGAUUCAUAUUUAAAAACAAGAUUUGCUACCUUUUUCAGGGAGGAAUAUUUUUUUCUUUUGUAAAUUGAAAAGAAUGAAAACAUUGUAAUUAUUUGCAAACUGAGGACUCAGUCCAUAGUGCCUGAAUAUUUCUGUAUGUACAUAUGAAUCCAAUGAAUGAAUAAACAUGUCGAGAAAAACA